AUGUCCGAAUCACCCAAGUCGGAAAAGUACAUGUUUUUAAGCAGGUUCAGUACGCCGGUGCCUGAACUGGAUGACCAUCGGUUUCAAUUGGAUCCACCCCGUAUCGAAGCUACUCCCGAUAUGACGCUUAGUCGGCAGAAUACCACACCGCAGAAUUUGAAUAUGGAGACGCCACAGCGUUCAGACCUGCUCCAAGUUCAGGAUGCUCUUCGAGAAGCGGGGCCAUUUUCCCGGGACUUUGAGCAAGCAAUAGCAGACGAUGACCAGGACGUCAAUGGUUUGGGACGACGCUUCUCCCUUGAUCCAACCGGAAAUAUCCGCCAGGCUCGUACAUUCAGCCGUACGCAUCAAGAUAUUGCAAACAUGUCUAGGGAUUCGUCAAUUUCAGCUAGAUCAACUUCUCCGCCCAAUUCGGUCGAAGCUUUUGCAGACCCACGACGCCGGGAGCGUGCCAACACUCUGGAGAGCCAUGCAGCGCCAGACUUGGAAGCUAUCCUACAGCGUACGGUGUCUGGUGGCACGCAUCCUCGCCGCCCAACCUUCAGUAAUUCAAGUGCCAUUAGACCUCAACCAGGCGAUAUCCAAUUGGAUUCACCUGAGGAUACAUGCGUCCCCCCCUUUGAACAACUGGGCAGAAUUCCGGUGAUUGACUAUGAAGAAUUGGAGGAGUUUGUGGCCCUUAAUCAGAAGACAAAGCCUGUUACAAUGCGGCGUAAGCACAGUCUUAGCUCUCAGAGCAAGAAGUCUCGUGUUUUUUACGAUCUUCGCCCACAUGCUCAGAAUUCUGAAGUCCAUGACGCGAAGCACUCAUCGGAUGACUUUACCGGACUCGACUUAAAAGACAGCGAGAAAGUCUUCACGGAUGCUGUCAACGAAAAAGAAAUAGUCGACAAUCUCAAGAAUGAGAAUGAGCCGACUCGGUUCGGCUUUUUCUCGUCCGAGUCACAGAGUACUGUACAUGCUGCAGAACUGGGCGACUUGGUUCUUCCUGGGGAUACCUUUCGAGACCUCUUCCAACUUGGCCCGGAAGGAGGUGUCUGGUGGCUCGAUGUUUUGAAUCCCACUGAAGCCGAAGUUGGUGCUCUUUCGAGAGCCUUUUCAAUUCACCCACUGACAACAGAAGAUAUAUUAACCCAGGAGGCUCGAGAGAAAGUUGAGCUAUUCAAGCAAUACUAUUUUGUGUGCUUCCGGACGUUUUACCAGAUGGAUAAGACAAGCGAGCGUUUCAUGGAGCCCGUUAACUUCUACAUGAUUGUCUUCCGCGAUGGUGUUUUAUCGUUCUCUUUUACCGAGAAUCCCCAUGCUUCGAAUGUCCGGAGAAGAAUCGGAAAGCUCCGUGACUAUGUGUCACUUAGUAGUGACUGGAUUUGCUAUGCCAUGAUUGACGAUAUUGUGGAUAGUUUUGGCCCUGUAAUCCGCGAAAUUGAGGUCGAGUCUGAGGCGAUUGAAGAUCUCGUCUUUAUUGCACGUAUGGACGAUUUCGAGUCAUUUUUGCCACGAAUUGGUGGCUUACGCAAAAAGGUCAUGAGCUUAAUGCGUCUUUUGGGUGGCAAGGCGGAUGUUAUUCGAGGUUUCUCUAAACGCUGCAACGAGCAGUAUUCAGUAACGCCGCGUGGUGACAUUGGCCUUUACCUAGGAGAUAUCCAGGAUCACGUAGUGACCAUGAUGUCUAACUUGGCCCAUUUCGAGAAGAUGCUCAGCAGAUCACACACCAACUAUCUUGCGCAGCUGAACGUCACAAACCUAGUGUUGGGAAACCACGUCAACAAGAUCCUCAGCAAGGUGACCCUCAUUGCCACCAUGUUAGUUCCUAUGAACCUUAUUUGUGGUCUGUUCGGCAUGAACGUCACGGUUCCUGGUCAAGGCCAGGAAGGUCUUGCGUGGUUUUUUGGCAUCGUCGGCGUUAUCGCGGCGGUAGUCAUUAUUAGCGGCAUUGCUGCUCGCUGCUAUAAGCUUGUAUAA